AUGGUGGUCAAUACCAAAUCUGUUUUUGCAACAAACAAGAAUGGUAAUAAACUUCAUAUACCGGUGCCAAAAAGUUAUCGAAAGGAUUUAACCGCAGAAACAAAACACCGACCAAUAGCAACUGUUUUCAAUGCGAUCAGUGGCAAAUCGCGGGCUUAUAUAGCCGAUCGUGGCCAAGACCCUAGUAGUCAUUCAGUAUGUGUCUUGCCAGAGCCAAGAAAUUCUCGUAUGGGUGCAUACAAACAUGCUGAGAUCACUGCCAUUGAAGAAGAAAAAAAGAUAAAAUCACAACAAUUAAAGAGAGAAUCAAAACUAAAGCAAUUUCAGGAAGAAGUUAAAUUAAGAGUAAAACAAAUGGAACAUCAAAAACGCAUUCGCCAACUUGAGAAAUCCUACAAAGCCGUCGAAAUUGAAAGGCAUGUUAUUAGUCAGAGCUCAUUCGUGGAAAGUACAACUUCCAAACGAGAUACAUGCAUUAUUCGUGAUAACUCAAAUUUAGCUAUGAAAUCGGGUGUAGACCAAUUUCAAGAUAAACCAAAGGAGAUUGUCAGAGAACCAUUAACACUUAGUUCUGGAAAUACUGCAUUGUUGAAACACUCAGAAAAAGUUAGUCAGCAAUCGUGUGCUGCUCGACAAAGUCUCUUAUCGCGGAAAAUUUCUUCUCAAAUACAAAGUCUGCCAGGUGGGCGAUGGAAAGAUACACCCACUCAAGAUUACCCCAAUACAUCCAAUAUCGAAAGCGAAAAGGAAAAUGUUACAAAUGAUGACUAUGGUGCUGAAGUCAUCAGUUUCAAGGCAAAACCUAAAGUACAUUUUGCAGACCAAAUUUCGAACGUUACAGAUUCGAACAGUGGUGAAGACGAUAAAAAUAUAGAAUUGAGUGCAGCAGAUAGUGAUACAGUAGAGGAUCAGCUAGGAAUACAUGAACCGCAUGAUAAAGCUGAUAAUACACAUCCAAUUCAAAAGAAACAGUUAUUAAGUAAAAGUAGGUCCCACAAUAAAUCUGUAGUAAAUGAAGGACAGGAUGAUGUCAAAAGACAGAUUCGCAAUCAGUAUACCAUGUAUCGUCGCUUAUUUAUGGAUAUUGAGCGUGAACAAGUACGAGAAAACAUUAAGCUCAAACAACACAGGCAAAAAGUUGCCAAAAUAAAACAACGAAACGAAAGUUUACGUCGAACUGAAGAAAGUAAAAUAAGAGAAGCUUUAGAGCCGAAAAAUCCCAUUACGGGUGAAAGCCCUAGCAAAGCUAAAAAGAGGCAGAAAGCAGAAGAAGAAGAAGUAUUGCGGCAGCUUGAACUGCGAAAACAGAAACUUCAACGAAACAAAGAAAUGGAAAGAUAUAUAAACGCUUUACGGGAAAGUAUCAAAGAGCGCUUUCAAGCUAGUAAUACCGAACUUCCUCAACUGUGCAAUUGCACUGCUAAUCUUUGGGAAACUAAUCCAGACACAUGCGCUAACAACUGCAUCUUUUACAAAAAUCCUAAAGAUAGUACUGUGAAGAUAUUUCUAAAGGAAAAUAAAGAGAUUUUUCGUAGAUUUUAA